AUGGCGAUCCAGAAGAAGCACGGAAAGGGCCGUCUUGACAAGUGGUACAAGCUCGCCAAGGAGAAGGGAUACCGAGCCCGUGCCGCCUUCAAGCUGAUCCAGCUCAACAAGAAAUAUGGCUUCCUCGAGAAGAGCAAGGUCCUGCUGGAUCUCUGCGCUGCGCCAGGUUCAUGGUGUCAAGUCGCCGCAGAAGUCAUGCCCGUCAACAGCCUGAUCGUCGGCGUUGACCUCUCCCCCAUCAAGCCUAUCCCCAAGGUCAUCACCUUUCAGAGCGACAUCACCACCGAGCAGUGCCGCGCCACCAUCAGGAAACAUCUCAAGACAUGGAAGGCCGACACCGUCCUCCACGACGGUGCCCCCAACGUCGGUACUGCCUGGGUCCAGGACUCCUUCAACCAGGCCGAGCUCGUGCUGCAAUCCAUGAAGCUGGCCACCGACUUCCUCGUCGAGGGUGGUACAUUUGUCACAAAGGUCUUCCGCUCAAAGGACUACAACUCCCUGCUGUGGGUUUUCAACCAGCUCUUCACCAAGGUCGAGGCCACCAAGCCACCCUCUUCCCGAAACGUCUCCGCCGAAAUCUUCGUCGUCUGCCGAGGCUUCAAGGCCCCCAAGCACAUCGAUCCCAAGUUCCUCGACCCCCGUGCCGUCUUCGAGGAGCUCGCUGCACCAACCCCCAACAACGAGGCCAAGGUCUACAACCCCGAGGUCAAGAAGCGCAAGAGAGAUGGCUACGAGGAGGGUGACUGGACCCAAUUCAAGGAGGUCCCCGCGUCUGAGUUUAUCCAAACUACAGAUCCUAUUGCCAUUCUAGGAAGCAAGAACCGUCUGCAUUUCGACCAGUCCAGGAACGGAGACGUAGCCCUCGCGGCGCUGAACAAGCUCCCCGAGACAACAGACGACAUCCGAAGGUGCUGCGAAGACUUGAAGGUGCUCGGCAAGAAGGAGUUCAAACUACUGCUCAAAUGGCGACUCAAGGUCCGCGAGAAGUUCGGCUUCCCCACCAAGAAGAACAAGCAGGAGCCCGAGCUUGCCGAGGAGACCGCCGAGGUAGAAGACAUGGACGAGGAGAUGAAGAUCCAAGAGGAGCUGCAGGCACUCAAGGACAAGGAAGGGACCAGGAAGAAGAAGGAAAGGCGCAAGGAGAACGAACAGAGACAGAAGGACAUUGUCCGAAUGCAGCUGAACAUGACCGCACCGAUGGACAUUGGUCUGGAAGAGCGAGGCCCGAUGGGUGAAGAUGCCAUGUUCCAGCUCAAGGCUGUCGACAAGGCAGGUGCCCUGGGCAGGAUCACAAAGGGCAAAAUGAUCAAGCUCAGCGAGCAGGACGCCAGAAAGGACAGAGACAGCGGUCUAGGCACAUCGGCGGACUCGGAUGAGGACAGUGACGAGGAGGAGGACAGGCUGGAGCGGGAGCUGGACGGUAUGUACGACGCCUACAAGGAGCGAAAAUCAGCAACAGACGCAAAAUACCGAGCCAAGCGGUCAAAGAAGGAGCACGAUGACGACGAAUGGGAGGGUGUGUCUGCAGACGAGAAGGAAGCCAGCGACGAUGAGAGCGAGCUAGAUGAGGAUAGCGACGAAGACUCGGAUGCUGAGGACGAUGGUCUGGAUGGCAAGAAGACGCUCCUUACGGAUCUUGACAAGGACACGGGCGACUCAUCAGGGCUGUCAAAACGCGCCAGAGCCUUCUUCAACCAGGACUUAUUCAAGGAUAUGGAAGGCUUAUUGGACGAGCCUGAAGAAGAGGAGGAAUCGCCCAAAGAUGCGGAGGUGGAGGAGAUGGAUGUGGACGUGGCCGACGAAAUCUCCUCUGAUGAAGAGACACCUGCGAAAGUACCCAAACAAAAAGCACCCGUAGCUGUCGAUGCCUACGAUGAGGAUGAGGAGGAAGUCGAAGUGAUCACAUCAUCAAAACAGAAGAAGGUUGAGCAAGAUGAGGAAGACGAAAGUGACUGGGAAGAGGAGGAGAGGCGCGAGAGGCGCGAGCGUGACAGCCGGCCAGAAAUCGACAUCAUCACGGCCGAAGCAAUGACACUGGCGCACGAGCUCGCGACAGGCAAGAAGUCGAGUCACGACAUGAUGGACGACACAUUCAGCAAGCACGCGUUCCGGGCGGACCGGGAUGGGCUGCCGGACUGGUUCACGGAGGACGAAGGGAAGCACGACCGGCCGCACAAGCCGAUCACCAAGGCGGCGGCUGCGGCGAUCAAGGAGAAGCUGCGGGCGUACAACGCGCGGCCGAUCAAGAAGGUGCGCGAGGCCAAGGCGCGCAAGAAGCUGAGGGCGGCGGACCGACUCGAGAAGCUGAAAAAGAAGAGCGACGUCCUGGCUGCAUCUGAGGGCAUGACAGAGCGCGAGAAGGCCGACAGCAUCUCCAAGCUCAUCUCCAAGGCCAACAAGAAGGUUCGCCGGCCGCCGGUCAAGGUGGUUGUCGCCAAGGGCGCGAACAAGGGCAAGGGCAGGCCCAAGGGUGUUAAGGGGAGAUACAAGAUGGUUGACUCGAGGAUGAAGAAGGAGAUGCGGGCGCUAAAGAGGAAAGCCAAGUCGAAGUAG